CUGCAGGAAUGGCCCCGGGGCUCAGUGCUUCUCCACCCGUUGUGCUUCUGUUCCUGUCCGUGCUGGGUCUGGCUGCUGCUGGGAAGCUCUUGGUGAUGCACGUGGAUGGGAGCCCCUGGCUCAGUGUGCAGGAAGUGUUGAACAGCCUGAGGCAGAAGGGACAUGAGGUGGUUGUGGUGGCACCUGAAGUCUCUUUGCACAUCAAACCAUCAAAGAACUUUGUGAUGAAAAUGUACUCGGUCCCCUACACAAAGGAAGAGAUGGAGAAAGAUUUCAAGGCAUUCUCACAGGUUCCAUUUGAAGAGGGAUCUUUUCUGGAAAGAUUUGUUAAAGCGUACCAAGGUAUAAAAAGAAUCACUAAUUUUGGGGUAUCCAGCUGUGAACAGCUCUUGCAAAACAAAGAGCUCAUCAGGUACCUUGAGGAGAGCAGGUUUGAUGCUGUCCUCACAGACCCUGUCCUACUCUGUGGGGCAAUCCUGGCGAAGCACCUUUCAAUUCCUUCUGUGUAUUUCUUACGAGGAAUCCCAUGUGGUUUAGAUUUUGAAGCCACUCAGUGUCCCAGGCCCCCUUCCUAUGUCCCCAGGGGAUUUACACAACUUACAGACCACAUGACCUUUCUGCAGCGGGUGAAGAAUCUACUUCAUGACAUCCCAGAUAUUUUCCUCUGUGAUUUUGUCUUUGAACCCUACUCAAAACUGGCUUCUGAGUUCCUCCAACAGGAUGUGACUGUGCAGGAUCUCUUACGCCAGGCUUCAGUUUGGCUCCUGAGGUCAGAAUUUGUUUUAGAGUAUCCAAGGCCUUUGAUGCCCAACAUCAUUCCAAUUGGAGGAGUAAACUGUGCUCACAAGGAGCUGCCUCAGGUGGGUCUGGUUUUAAUUCAUGCCUUGAUUGUUUUCUGUGAUCAGAAGGGUGGAAUUUUUUCAUGCAAUAAGCACUGAGUUUCCAUUUCUGGUGAGUGAGCUGAAUCCUCAUAAAAGGAACUGUUUUUCUCUCCUUCUUCCUGACUUCCUACUUCCUGUGUAGGCAGCUGUUCCUUCUGGCUUUUAAAGGGUGCUCAGUUGAAGGGAAUCACUGGGGUUUUCUGGUGAAAGUGUGUGAUGGGACACUGAUGCCACCAGCAAGGUGCCCAGCUCCUGCCUGGAGCAGGUCUGAUUUGACACAUCCAGCAUGGCUUGACUGACACUGGGUGUUUGGGUUUGAGUGCAGACUUGGUGAUGAUGCCAAACUUUGGGUUCCCUGGCCUGCUAACAAGAGCCCUGUGCAGUGUUCCUCCUGGAGAGCCUUCUCUGCUGCUCCAGAGGAGAGCCUGGAGAGUUGGGUGAGUUCUUUUGGUGCCCUGGCUUUCUCUUCAGUCUUGUUCCUUGGGAUUGGUGAGAUGCGAGCUGGAAUCAUGAAGCCAAAUAUGUGGCAAUUCCACCCAUCCCCAAGUGUGGAGAAGGCAAGGACACCUUACAGACAUCCCCGUGCACACUGGGAUUGGCCACGUGAGCAUUCACACAAUUCCACCACUGCUGGACACCAUGGGUGCUUUGUCAGUGAGAAAAACAAAGCCAGAAUUAGUCCCUGAAUUGUUCUGCAGAAAGUCUCCGUCAAAGAAUGUUGUUGGAAUUUGGCACUGGCUAGAAGCUAGGCGCUCACAAAAAAAAAACAUUUACCCAUUCUCUUCUGCUAUAGUUGAGCAGAGGAAGGGGAAAGACAAGACAUAAGGGGCUCAUGACUUGAGGUAAGGAUUGGAAAGAAACACUUUAAGGGCAAAACAGGCUCAAAACUUAAAAGGUAUGAAGAAAAGUUUAUUAACAGAAUUAAAGAGGAUAAUGAGAACUAAAAUAAACAUUUACAAUACCUUCCCCUGCACCACUCGCCAUUCUUUCCUUCCCACCAACAGCGCAGAGAGACAAAACAUGGGGUUUUUAGUCAGUUUGUUGCUUCUAAAAAUCUUUCUGCAGUUUGUUUAGGAAGGGGAGUCUCUUCUGCUAUGCAAUGGGGCCUUUUUCAUGGGGCAGUGAUCUGUGAACUCUGUGAACUUUUCCAAUGUAGUUCUAAUUUUCACAAGUAGCAGUCAUGCCCAACCUCCUACCACGUGAGUCCCUCCCAAAUCAGUCUUCCUACAACUGUUUGUGUGGGUCAUUUCAGUUCAUGGGGUGUACUUCUUUAAGAAUGAGGAAUUCUGGUUUGGAAGCAAGGAAAUACCCUUGCUUGGCCAGAGGCAGUCCAAGAAGGGGCCCAGCAGCACCCUCACCACACCUCAUAGGAGAGGACUGCAUGUGUUUUCUCGUUCUUAAAUAUUUCAUCAUAGAGGCGUCAUUAACUUCUCAAAUUUGGACAGCUGUCCUUACAGACUCUUUCCUACCC